CGUCCGCGUGCGCGUGCCGCGGAGGUCGCUAGGUUUUCCGUCGGUUGGUGGGCCGAAAGCCCAUGGCGCGUGCCGCACUCCUCCGUUCCUUGCCGCCGCGCCGCGUCCGCCCAUUUUCCUCGCCGGCGGCGGCCCCCUCGCCCCUAACCGGCGGCGGCUCCUCCGCUCCUCGUGCGGCGCAGGGUCGAGAGCUCGGAGGAGCGGUCGGUUUCCGAACGGAAGAAGUCCCCGAGUUCUCCCCCGAAUCGCCGAUGCUGCGGGCGGCGGCCGAGGCGGCGCUGCGGCGCGUCUCGCCGGCCCCGGCAGGACCCGUGCACGCGCAGUAUCGCCAGGGCCCGGUGCUGCGGGUGGCGUGGCUGCCCCUGUACAGACGCCUGUCGAAGCUGCCCCCGGCGGCGCCGCUGGGAUGCGUGGCGGCGGAGCUCGACCGGUGGCUCCGCGAGAGACAGCCGCUCUGCGAGCACCAGCUCCUCUUCUACGUCCGCAAGCUCCGCAACUUCAGGCAGCACAGGCGCGCCCUCGAGCUGAUAGACUGGAUGGAAGCUCGUGGGGCAUACUUGCUUCCUGGGGAUCAUGCGCUGCGGCUUGACCUUGUAUGCAAAGUGAAUGGGCUAGAAGCUGCCGAAGAAUACUUCUUGAGUCUUCCGGAUAUGCAUAAAUCAGUGAAAACAUAUUCCUCUCUGCUUAACUGCUAUGCAGAACACAAGCCAGAGAAAGGUCUGGAACUGUAUGAAAAGAUGAGAACCAUGAACAUCGUUCCGAAUACACUGGUGUACAAGAAUUUGAUGUCCUUGUACCUGAAGGCAGGCCAGCCAGAGAAAGUCCUCAAAACAUUUGAAGAAAUGCGAGGAAAUGGCAUACAAACAGAUAAUUUUACAUACUGCAUCCUGACAGAAAGCCAUAUUAUGGUUAAUGGCCUAGAAUCCACCAAGAAGUUCCUGGAAGAUUUGGAGAAGUCAAUUCCAGUUCACUGGUCCCUGUACACUGUGCUGGCUAACAACUACAAUAAAGUGGGGCAGUUUGACAAGGCGGAAUUGGCCCUAAAGAAAGCUGAGGAAGUCAUGGACAAGGGUGAGAUGUUUGCUUGGCAUAAUCUUCUCUCCCUCUAUGCCAGUUCCGGCAACUUGUCUGAGGUCAAGAGGCUUUGGGUAUCUCUGAGGUCAGAAUUGAAGAUAUGUUCAAACAGAAGUUACCUAGUGAUGCUUUCAUCUCUGAAAAAGCUAGAUGAUUUCGACUCCAUGCAGCAGGUCUUCCAGGAGUGGGAAUUCACUCAACAGAGCUUUGACAUGAGGAUACCAAACGUGAUGAUUCGAGCUUACCUUGCCAAGGACAUGACAGACGAAGCCGAGGCUCUCCGCCAGGCAGCUAUGGCCCAAGGCCGUUCCGAUCCUGUGACCUUCUACAUAUUCGCUGAGUCCUAUCUGGAGAAAUCCAGGACCGACGCAGCGCUCCAGGUCUGGAGGGACGCAGAGAAGAUAGUCAACACCCCAAACUGGGUACCACGGCCAGAGCUCGUGAAGAGAUUUCUGAAGCAUUUUGAGGAGGCGAAGGAUGUGGACGGGAUGGAGUCGUUCUGCGCGUGCCUUGAGAAGCUGGAGUGCCUCGACGCAGAUGCUCGUGACGCCCUGUCCCGGACCUAUGUAGCUGCCGGCAGAACAAAUCCCUCUUAUCAUUCACCAGACGGAAGAAGACCAGGUUGAGACUAGACCUGGCUAGAAGCAAAGGCGCGCCGUUGCGUCCCACCGUUGUCGAAACAACUUUUCCCGCCCUUUAAUUGUUUGGCGUUGAUGGCCUGAGCAUGAGCUUUAUGAUUUUGCCCUUUAGUUUCAUGCUGAUAGUCUUUAGUUCCCCUUUAGUUUCAUGUUGAUAGCCUUGCCCUUGUGGCAUCAGAGAGAUAAACAUGUACUCUACUUACAAGCUGGUUAUAUACAUGUUGAAGAUGGCAACCAGAAUUAUUCAUGUUGAAGCUA